GAGAAAUCGGCCAAAAAAACACUGAACUUUGCGGGAAUUGCCAAAAGAAACCUGGACAUAUGGGCUAGCCAAUAAAAUCCUGAACUUUUGUUGACUUUUCGGGUUUAUUAAGAAACUUACGAUUGAUUGACCAGAUUAACACACCGUUAACCGAGUUAACUGUUAAUUAAGCGGACGUUUAUUUUGGGUGUUAAAGUAUACGACGUCGUUUCAUCACUUUGUCUGAUUAAAGACAAACGACGUCGUUUAUAUAGCUGCGUUAUUCAAAAUAUGGGUUUCCUACGGCUCGAACUCGUGUACUCGGGUUUAAUGGUAGGGAUUUUUGCCACUGAGCUAGUGGACUUUGCGAUAGAUUUACGAACACAAUUUCUUUUAUUCUUCGAAUCCGAGUUAAAGACAAAUUAAUGAAACGACGCGUUUUAUAUUAACUUUUUUAUUAAAAAGAUGGGGUUCCAUCGACUCGAACUCGUGCACUCGGGUUUAAUGGUAGGGGUUUUUGCCACUGAGCUAGUGGACUUUGCAAUGGAUAUACGAACACAGUUUCUUUUAUUCUCUUUGAAUACGAGUUCAAUGAAUCAAAAAGAAACGACGGCGUUUUCUCCUCCGAUUGGUAUAAACCCUAAAUGGGCGAAAUCAUAAAUCCAGUUCGCGAUUCAAGCUCGAUUCUCUUCAAUCUCGUCCUUAAGAAUCUCGAUUCUCAUCUCUCCUUCUUCGAGUAUCGCAUGAUGAGUUCGGGUUGUGAGGAUUCGUCUGUGAAUACGAUGGGAAUUCGUGGUAUCCCGGAGCAAUGCGGCUGUGGUCGAAGAACUGGGAUAUACACAUCAAAAACGAAGGUCAAUCCAGGAAGAACUUUCUUUAGAUGCCCAACGUUUCAAAAUGAUCACUUGUAUAAAUGGGUAGAUGAAGCUGUCUACGAAGAGGUUCAAGAUGCAUUGCCAAAAGUUGAGUGCUUUGCAUCAGAUGUUAUGAAACUUAAAAUGGAGAUCGAAAGCAUGAAAACCGUGGAGGAAGAGUUGAAAGAAGAUGUCAGGAAGGCGAGCAAUGAACUUAAGAAGCUGAAUGUGAUCAUAAAAGUGGGUUUUUUGGUGGUUUGUUUAGGCGGUGUGAUAUGUCUUGUGUUGAUCAUGUUUGACAAAGCAUAUGGGUUGUCUAUGAAUAGCUACUAGGAGACUCUGUUUAUGUAAGGCUAUGUUUAUGUAAGACUCAUGGUUCAUGUAAGGCUAUGUUUUAAGACAAUGUUUCAGUAAUGUUUAUGUUUUACUUCUUGAUUGUUUAUAGAAGGACAAAUGAACACACCAAUGAACAGACCAUCAAGAUAAACAACAUGAUGAAAACACAAAGAUAAUAACCGACACUAUCUUCAUUGAAAGUUUCAAAUUAAAACAGCAGGAAGAGAAGAAAGAAAAAGGUAGUUCUUGUUCCAAAAGCAUUCAGACAGAGACACUAUCAUAAACAACACACAACGAAAGCAUUCAGACAGAGACCAUCAUAAACAACACACAAGCAUCUAAAAAAACCAUCUUCCCCACGCUGCUGUCUGUGAUGC